AUGACGAUAAUAAAAGAGAAAGAAGAUAGACAUGAGCCUUUGUUAGGAGACGAUGACCAAGAAAAUGAAUGCAGUACAAAUGAAACUGAAAAUAUUGAGCGCUUCUAUGAUGUAUCAUAUAAAUACAAAUCAAUCAGUACCAAACAUAAAGUUGGUUACAGCGAUUUCAAGACUUUGGAAUUUCCAGUGAUGAAUAACAGUUACUCAUUGGAAAAGCCUGGAUGGUUGAAUGACAGCAUCAUUGAUUCCUAUUUAUUAUUGUUAGUGAAGGCACACAAAAAGGUAUUCGUGUUCAUGUGCUAAACUGUUUCUUCUAUCUUCGAUUACGGAACACAAUGUUAAAGAGGGGCAACGAAAAAAGAUUACAUGAAAUAAUAUCAAGAACUUGUCAAAUGAUAGACUACGAGGCAUGUGAUUACAUAUUGAUCCCAAUUAAUAUCCACAACCAUUGGACAGCAGUGGUGAUCAACAUUUGGAACACGCAAAUGUUUUACUAUGAUCCCAUGAGCAAAGGAAUCCAAAAUGAGACAGUAAUAAAAUUAUUCAAAGUUUUUUUUUGAACUUUUCUACAAGUGCAAUAAAACAUGCAAUAUUGAAAUAGAGUCAAAGGGUUUCAUAAAAGACUUUGAUGUAAUAUGGGAAGAAAAAUUUCCAAGCCAAAAGGAUUCUUGUAGUUGUGCAGUGUUCAUACUGAUGUACACGAGCUACCAUUUGGGAUUGCUUACUUUCGACCCAGAUGUUCAAAGUAUUUCAAAGAUAAGAAAUGAAAUGGCCAAAGAGCUAUUUGUAGGAUUGAAAAACUACCCAGUAUAUCCGAAUACCGAAACUGGACCAAUAUCGAAACGAUGUGUUACAGCAACUCGGUACAAGCAACAUCAGUGUAAGAAUGUGGUAUUAUACUGCAGUGUAUCUACAUGUGCAGGGAAAACUUUUUCCUGGACAUUUAAUGGCAUAACAGUAUCCAACGAACAGGAAUACGCAUUUGAGUUAACAGAAGAUAAAGUUGGCACUUAUUGUUGUCGCGUGCUGAAUCUAGAAUGUAAAAGUUACACGUCAAGUUGCAUUGUGGAAUGCCAGGCACAUGCAGAGCUUGUUGACAACAAGACACUUAUGAGCCUAGUAAAAAAGGCGAUUCAAGAGAAUUUUGGUAGAAAGUAA